UUGCCAGGUUUAUUCCAAAAGCAAAUUAGCUACAAGUAGAACGCAUUUAAUCGUCUUAUCAAACAUACUGGACAGUAAACAGUUCGCAUUACCAACUCGACACAUCUGUAUGAGUGUGAAAUUUCCGCAAGAGUGUAAAAUGUAUCCGCCAAUUCAACCAUUCAAUGUCGGACACUUGGAGGUAUCGAGUGUUCACAAGAUAUACUUUGAGCAGUGUGGAAACAAGAGUGGUUUACCAAUCGUCUUUGUUCAUGGUGGUCCUGGAGGUGGAUUUUCACCGCUUGAUCGAAGAUAUUUCGAUCCGGCAGCAUAUCACAUUAUACUCUUUGAUCAACGAGGUGCUGGAAAAUCGACACCAGCAUUUAGUCUAGAGGAAAAUGAUACGUGGUCUCUGGUCGCUGACAUGGAGAAGUUGAGAGUCCAUCUUGAAGCGGAUCGAUGGAUAUUGUUUGGCGGCAGUUGGGGUUCAACACUGUCAUUAGCCUAUGCUGAGAAACACAUCGAUCGCGUUGUCGCUAUGAUAUUGCGUGGAAUAUUUACUAUUCGCGACGAGGAAAUCCAAUUCUUUUGUCAACGCGGAACGUCCUACAUAUUCCCUGACUUGUGGGAAAAAUUUGUGGCACCGAUUCCCGAAAAUGAACACGAUGACCUGGUCUCUGCAUACUACAAACGGCUUACUGGUAGUGAUGAAGCAGAGAGGCUUCGAUGUGCUAAGGCUUGGUGCAGUUGGGAAAUGGCAACUAUACAACUUAAGGUCAAUCCUGCUAACUUGUUGAUUGCCGAAAAUGACACAUCAGCUCUGGCCUUUGCCCGAAUCGAAUGCCAUUAUUUCAUCAACAAAGGUUUCAUGGAACCGAAUCAGUUAAUUGACAACGCUUACAUCAUUCGCAACGCUAAGAUACCUGUGACGAUUGUGCAUGGGCGUUACGAUGUUGUCUGUCCGGCAAAAACGGCAUGGGACCUGUACAAACAACUACCAGAUGCUGAAUUCUUUUUCGUGGAUGAUGCUGGACACUCGGCUAAGGAAACAGGAAUUACAAAGAAGCUGGUUGAAGCUUCUGAUAAGUACAAAACUUUGGCUUUGAAGUCUGUGUCGUCGAAGAAAACGCCUCCGAGGAGGGUGACCUGUGUUUAGGAUUACGAUUGCGAAGGUGUAAAUUGAGUUAUUAAAUCGAGUUGUUUGGAAGAUCAGAUAA